AUGAGGCCCACUGAAUCCAGAUUUGAACUUAUUGUAGUAUUUAUUGUAGUAGAUCUAAUAAUAGAUGGUACACACAACGAUAUUUAACUUUACAACCUGAAAGCUGCUUCAGCAUCAUCAACAGGGAUCAUUUAGUGUUUUUGUAAACUAAUAAAAUGUGAAAAAAACAACAUUUUUAUGAACCUUGUUGCUGCUUCUGUAAUAAUGUAAACGUAUGAAAUGAAUCCUUUUUCUUCUWUAAGCUCAUCUUUGUUGGCAGCCAGAUUGUGAGAUGGAUGUGUUCAUGUGUUGUUAACACCACACCCAUAGCUCAGCAUUACUAAAACCAACUCCGUUAGAGCCAUUUGUGUAAUUCCUAAAGUCAAGUAGAUGUGGCGGCCAUCUUUGGUGGUGGGUGGUAAAAAUGCAUGUGAACUGCUGAAGCCCUGCAGUAACAUACAGACUGUCUGAUGUGUUUGAGGGUUUGUUGUGCUUGUGAAAGGAUGAGAGUCACAUGAACACAAGCUUGGCUGCAGCCUGGURUCUGUGGGUGGAUGAGAUCCUGUGUGUGGGAGGAAGUAGGUGGGUGGGAGAGAGAGUCAGGAGUCAGGUUCUGCCUCGAACCGUUGCUGAUAAAAUCAGAUUUUCAGCCACCAACACUUGUGAAUAAACCUAGCUUCAGUCCUUCCACGUGUGUCAGGCUGCAUUCUGAUGUCUUUGUGUUUUCAACUUCUCCUCUGGAAGUCUUUGUUUGACACCCACCCUCCCUGCCUCACCACUUUCAGCGUGCAUCUUCUCUUUCUCUGACUCAUUUGCAUUUCUUCCGCUUCCUCAUUACAAAAAAAAAAAAAAAAAACCACAAAAAAAGGUUCCUGUCAGAGAAGUGUGAGAGCAGCUCAGAUUGGAGAGAAGCCUCAGCAGAUCCAGUGAGGAUGGGGCUGUUCAGUGCAGGAGGCUGGAUACCUGAUCGGAGGUAAUUAUAAACCCAGCACCAGUACAUCACGACAGCAGAGACGUUACCAUGGAAACUGGWAAGCCAGGACUGGCGAGUGUUCUCAGCUCCGUCACAACGCAGGCAGAGAAGAGGCUGAACAUCCAGGUCCCUCUAACAGCUGUUUAUCUCCACGCUGUGCCUCCUGCUGCUGCAGAGCCGCCGCUCUGCUCCAAGGAGGCGCUCCCCUUCCUGACGCUGCACCUGCAGCCUCUGCCCGGCCUGAGUCUGACCGCUCCUGCAGCAAAACCCAAGUCURCAGGUAAACACCUGUGCCCCCACUGCGGGCGGGACUGUCUGAAGCCCAGUGUGCUGGAGAAGCAUCUGCGCUGCCACACGGGGGAGCGGCCCUACCCCUGCAGCACGUGUGGCGUGUCCUUCAAAACGCAGAGCAACCUGUACAAACACAGGCGCACCCAGGCKCACGCCCGGCUCUCCUCUGAGUCUGAGCAGAGCAGCCUGGGCAGCCUGGACAGUGUGUCCAGCUCCAGAGACACCUGCGCCUCCAGCUCUUCUCUGGACGAACAGAAGGAAGAGUCUGGACCACCAACCACCGAGUGCACUGCUGCAUCUGCAGAGGUCUACUGUGUUCCGCUGCAAGGCUCUGUUAGUGAGCAGAGUGAGCCCAGCAUCACACUUCACAACCCACAACCCAAAGAAGAGCAGGAACAACAGACGGAUUAUACAAAACCUGACAGUCUGAAUCGACACGUUCCUCUACAGCGGCAGGAAGCUACUCUGUUCUCCAAGCAGUGGGGCAGCUCUGUCUCCAAAGGGAAAUCGCUGAGUCAUGACAGCACUGACUCUGGUUUCAGCGACAGUCCAGGCAGUGUUUUACUCGAGCACAGCAUGGAUUCCCUGAUGGAAUCUAGCAGGGAACGUGUUGAGAAAAGCACAUCCUGUGACAGAGCCCACUGUGAGCCACAAACCACAGCGAGGAAACAGGAGCAAGAGCUGCUGCUGGAGCGUAUAUCCAAGCUCAUUUCAGAGAAUUCAGCUGUUGUGGAGGACAAACAGCUGGAGAACGUCCGGCCGAGGAAGACUGUCCUUUCAAAGCAGGGCAGCAUUGACCUUCCCAUGCCCUACACCUACAAGAACUCCUUCCACUUCGACAUGAAGAUCGGUCCGACCCAGAAUACUGGUUUGAAAAGGUACAGCAGGUCUGGAMUCUCCAGCUCGCUGCCCUCCGCUGUGGAGCACGCCCCCUUAACCCGCAGUCAUUCCCUUCCCUUCAACUUCACCCUCAUGCAGCCUGAGAGAAGCAGCUCCGCCUCCCCCCAGCAGAGCGAUUAUGUAAAGGCUGYCAGGAGUGGAAGCUCUGGCCCGGUCCACUCAACAGAUUUAUCCAGGAGGCCUGUAAACCAGAACUCUUCUGCACACCGCCCACUGGUCCGGCAGACAGCCGUAGACUGCAACCACGCAACAGACGGCCCGUUCACAAAUGUAUCUGUGGAGGAGGUGUGCACCGGCAGUCUCAGCUGUGACGGAGACGGAGGUGACAUUUGUGGAGAGCCGAACACCAGAAAGUUCCGGAGGAAGAGAGCGCAGAAGUUUGCUUAUGAUAAGUGGUACAUGUACGGGGGUGGGACGUUUAAAAAACUCUACGAUCUGCAGAACAAUACAAAUAACAGCAUGAGAGGCAAAAACUGUUCAACAAAUCYACAGCCUGAGGUUGUUCGGGGUCCAGUGGUUCCCAGGGAGGCGCUCACAACUUCAACUUCAACARUAAACUGUCCAAACAGCGGAGCUACAGCAGGCCGUCCUGGUGCUGGUCUCUCUGUGGUCUCUUCACUGGGAUUUACUAUUUCAACCAGCAGUCCCAGCAAAGCUCCACUCAGGAGAAACUUAUCACUGUCAGUCCUGCCAUUACCUGCUGUUGGGUCGCUGCUUUGCUCAGAAACAACGACCGGGCAACCUCUGAAUGUUCCCAAAUGUCCCAAGUCUCAGCUCUGUGAGGCUCACGCUCCCUCUGACAGGAAAAAACAGAGAACUGACGACAAAACGAGUUUUUMUGUAGACAUGGAAACUGACCCAAACACACUGACUCAUCCCCCCAYCCCUGUGACCGGCAGUGGGUCACAGCAGGAAACUAAUCAGCCCAGAACUCCCAAACACACUGAGCUCAAAGGAGCCCUCUUUCUACCAUCCAUUGGCACUUCAMCAGCCAGGUCUACCCCUGUCGCUGCCAAGACCAGCUUCCUGCCCAAGUACCAGCUCAAGUUACCCAACACUCGUGGUGAAACGCUGGACUCAGCAUCACAUGUGGAGUGCACACUCAGCUCCAGUCCCCUACCUACUACCUCUGACCAAACCUUCCCCUCAGGGACCGCCUGUGGAGGCUUUUCCUCCUCACCACUGACACAAACGUACAAAAACAGCAGUGUGAAAACACCAGGCUUCACAGAGAACCGGCUCGUCUACGGCAACGUUACGACUCUUUGUGAUGCUGCGACAUCAAAGAACAGUCAGAGUCUGACAUCUAGUCCAGCAGUUCUGCACAGGCACUUUGCAACAACCACGACAACCACAAGCUCCCUCCAACAUUCGUGCACCCUCCUGCAGUCUGUGCCUGUACAACCAGCCCAGCCUGUCACAGCUGCAGCUGACAGGUUAUCUCUGACCACAGAACAACGUUCCACAUCUGUUGCCACCAGUGCAGCUGUUUCACAUCACCAGCCUCAGCCCAACCCUUCAUUGUUACCGGAACAACUCUCAGCAGAACCAGAUUCUGCACAUCCCAACAACAAAGCCCACGUUGGCCCCAGUGAGCCAGCUGUACCUGGUUCUGUCGGGUCAUUGGACCAGUCCGCUCAGAAUGUUUUUCAUGUCAACAYGGCAGACUUCCAGAUCUGCCUCCAGAUUAUCUCUGAUGAGCAGCUGGCCCUGAUUGCACCACAAAUAGAGCAUGAUCCAAGCCAGUCACAGACAUGUGACAUUAAGGCAGCGUUGCCUGGAGGUUCUCAGAAURAAGUCCAAACCUUUGGCACAGUGGACUCUGACAAGACAGGGAACUGUGAACAGACAAAAACUCAGAAAGAAACCGAUGGAGGAAAGUCUCUACAGCUGCUCAGCACAGAGACAAYAACACCUCUGGUGUCUGACAGUGACACGUCCACGUCUUCAGCUGGACCUGGUUCCCCUCAGGGUCCGUCCCAACGAGCCCAGARCAGCAGCCAUGUCAGCAGGCUCACACAGACUCAGAGCUCUGCAGCCAGCUCGACGUCAUCGGCUUUGCUCAGAGACCUGAAGACYCUGGAGGAUGAACAAGCUCUUCUUCAGACCCGUUGUGCUGRCAGCAUGGUGGUCCAAGGUGAGAUGGUCUCACAAACAGUUUCUGGCCCACACAAACUAAGCGUGAGCUCUCUUUCUGCUGGCACUGUACAGCAGAGUACAGAGGGUGAGCUACAACUCUUACAUCGUGCUUCAUGUAACGCAGGUUCUGUAAAAACCAGUGGUCAGGGUCCGACACACAGGAAUAAACUGUUGGAAAGUGGAGGCUGGGUCAGACACGUCAGCAGCACUGGGUCGGACUCUUCRGUUUCCAAACAGCUGGACCCACAAACUCCCGUCUACAGCAGUCAGGAUUCAUUGAAACUUCAUGUGAAACAAUCCAGCAGAGCAGGACCUUCAGAUGGUUACCCACCUCCACUGGAAACAAGCCCACCUCCACUGGAAACAAG